GCAGCAGCAGUAGCAGUGAGCGCGACAGUCCAGAUUACUGCGAGACGGCGUUAGUUUUAUAUGAUCGUGUUUUGUAUUACAGCUCUCUGAGAUCGGAAAGGAUUAAAAUAAACAAAGGAAAAAGAAGAAUCGGCGGGAAAGCAACAACAAUCUGCUCAAACUGUCCACUUUCAGAGAAAGCUUCAACUCAGAUUCUCGUCAUCCUCCACCACCAUGGAUGCAUCAAGAGGAUGCUGGGACAGCUGCUUUAUUGAGGAUGAUUUGCCACAGAUGGAUGGCACAUGUGAUGCGUGUGAACCGGAUGAGCCUCAACCAGCAGCUUGGAUGUGCACACUUUGUCGCUUUGCCUUCUGCUCAAGCCAUGCCGACAAACAUUCCCAAAGCACUGGUCAUCAACUUAAACUGUACAGCACCCCAGCUGAGCAGGCAGAGCAUGGACCACUGAAAGACUGCCAGGUUUCUGAAAACACAGCAGAGGGGGCAGAGGCCCCUAAUAAUGAAGAGCAUAAAUCAGCAAAAAGAGACACGGUGACAGUGGAGAGGCUGAAAUGUAAGGAGCAUGGUCAAGAGGGGACGCUUUACUGUAAACACGACCAGCGGAUCAUCUGUGUGCUGUGUGCUGUGCAGGGUGAGCACAGGGAACAUGAGAUUAUCACACUCAAGGAGGCCUACCUGUGGCAGAAGAGUAAAGAAGGCAUUGACUUGCUGGAGCGCACACAUGAAAUAUCAGAAAAGAUCAAGGCCAAGUGGAUUAGCCCAGAUAUGAGCGUAGAAGAGCUGGAGCUUUAUGUGAACAAGCAGUUUGAUGAGCUGCAUAGGCUGGUUCGCCUGGAGGAGUGGCGUGUCCUGCAUCUGGUGGAUCUAAAAGAGGCAUUCCUCACUGCCCAGGCUGCUGAGAAGAUAUCUGAGAUUAGUGUCCACACUGAAAAACUGCAAGAGGAAAUGGAUUCUAUCACACAACAACUGAGUGAACUGGAUCAGGUAGAGCAAGAUGGAGUCACCCCUGUGUCCCUGGCACCACUGUUGGCUGCCAGACCACCUGAUGCUCAUGUGGAGCCCAUGCCACUGAAUCCUGGUUUGAGGCUAAGAGCAGCCAAUCAAAGGAGGGACCCAGAAGACACUUCAGUAGAUGAAGACAGAGAAGAUGCAUAUAGUGGACAUGCACCCUAAAACUAACGACCAUUCUGUCACCAUCUCUCUCGUUGUUUUUUCAGACCUCUUGGUGACAUAAAAACUAUAUCUGCUGACAAUAUUUCUUAAUUUUAUGUUGAACCAAUAUAUUUCCUUUUUAUUGUAAGGCAAUAAAGUAAUAUAAAAAGAAAAGCAAAAACUCCCAGAGAAUAUUUUGUCUGUCAUUUGUAUUGUAUUGUAUUAACCAGUUACCAUGUUAGUUUUGUUUUGCUUUGUAUAAAUUAUUUAUAUACCACUCCUGGUUUAAUUGUACGAUUCAUGAAAUGCAGUCGCAUACCAUACGAAAUCACAUCAUCAUACUAUACUUUGAUUCUGUUUGAGCUUAAUUGAAGAAGAUUAUGUAGUUGGUCUAGCUGUGCGUUGUUUCUAGGCCAUUUGUUGGCUGCUGUUUCUUUCCAUUUCCUGCAUCGCUGAUGCCCAGUGUACCAAAUAUGUUUUUUAGCCCUGACUCUGACACGUUGCUAAUCCAUUUUCGUGUGUUUAAAUAUUAGUGUGUUGUCUGCAAUUGGCUUAUAUGCUUUUUCUUAAUAUUGAAGAGAGUGCCAGAUCCUGUUUAUAUAUAUUGCAGGUAUCAAAAAGAAAUAAUGCAGUUCAACAUGGAGAGAACGAUUUUCUGCAUUAGUAGAUUUUUUUUUUUUUUUUUUUUACCUAAACUUUGCUUUGCUAAUUGGAUACAUGGCAUUAUAUUUUUGAUAUGGUCUUUGAUAGUGUGCAACAAUUAGCAUGCUUUUUACGCUCAGCAAUUUCUGCUUUUGUUCUGAUUAGACCUUUUCUGUAAACAAAUAAAAAAAAAUGGAUUUGUUGA